GGUGCUAUGCAACCCCUUUAUACGAGCGGGAUGGCUUUAGCUCUUAUUCCAAUUGAAUGGGGAUAUAUCGCGAUUUUAGGAUUAACUCUUGCAUUUGGUACCAUGUAUUUGCCAACGAAGAAAUAUGACAUUGGUAAUGGUGAGUAUUUGUUUAUUAUGUUCAAAAUAGUUAUGCAUAUUUUCUUGCUCAUUGAGAAUCAGACUCUUCAUACCAUUUUUACUCUAGGUAUGAUUUUCCAAUGGUUGAUGAGCACAUCGCUUGGGUUUUGUCUUUUCGCUAUUCAUGUUUGUUUCGGUUCACAACGAAUUUGGAGUCUUACUUUAUUGAGUGGCAUACUUUGGUCAACAGGUGAUUUGUUUGCUCGCGUUUUAAAAUUGCAAAUGCUUUCCAAUUUGGCAGUAGUUCCUAUCAUCCAACGGUUAGGAAUGGGAGUCGGGAUGCUUAUCUGGAGCAUGGCCAACUUGUUAAUGGGUUGGGCUAGUAGUCGUUUUGGUUGGUUUGGAAUUAAACCAGAAGAGCCAAAGAACAGUACACUGAAUAUUAUCGGGGUCGUCUUUGCCUCUCUUAGUGUUGUUGUCUAUGCAUUCAUCACCCCAUUUUCAACUCGACAGGGGCCACAAAAUACGAGUCCUAUUAACUCCGAUGACAUUGUAGUGUCUCCCGAGAGUGAAGCAAGUGUCACAGAGUCCACUGGAGAUGCUGAUCCUCUUUUACAGGUGCAAGUUUCUCCCAUUCAAAGAUUUUGGAAAUCUAAAAUUGGACAACGACGUAACCUCGAUAGCCCCUCCGUGGUUUUAAGAGCUCAUAUUAUUCUUUCGCAAGCUAAUGCCGGAAAGCUGUUUACGUCCUCUUUUAAUGCUAAUCGCUUGUUUACUUCUUUCUUUGUACAAUUUUGUAGAGGUGUCCUACUGUCAAUUCUUUCGGGUUUGCUCUAUGGACUUGUCUUUGUGCCAAUUAUCUAUGUGCAGGAAAACUACGCCAUGUCUAGUAAACGAGGCAUUGACUACGCAGCCUCACUCGGUUUGGGAGCAUUUUUAGCCUCAACUACCUACCUCGUACUCUACUUCUUGAUCCUGCGAUUGAAGGACCAAAUUACUGCCUUCUUCAGUGGCUCUGAAGAAAGCCCUUCAACUGAACCCAAUGUGGGCACAACACCCUUCAAUGUACUUUUUCUUCCUGCCAUGCUUGCUGGUGCGCUGUGUGCAAUUGGACAGGCUUGCUGGCUGGUGGCCAAUGAGGCUCUCCAAGCGGCUAUCACAUUCCCCAUCGCGGCGACCCUACCUGGUGCCUUGGCUACUCUACUCGGAACUGUUUUCUACCGAGAGGUUCAUGUGAGAAUAGCCUUCUUUCAUUCUAAUAGAUAUUUUGUUCUCUAA